CAUCUGUUGAAUUGUGUUGGGGAGAGAAACUUCGGGCUUGCCCAGUUUUUGGAUGUGAAAUGUGGUUAUACUGAGUGUGGAUUUGUAAAUGCAAUACCAACGGGGUCACGCCAUUUCACCGACAGAGGAGGAUAUGCCUGGGAUGUCAAUACCAAAUUAGCAGCUGGAAUGAUAAAUGGUGGAUUUGGAGAGACUCAUAUUAGUAACCUCCUUGCUGCUCUGAACAUACCUCCCAUCAGUUAUAACAGCUUGAAAGCCAGAGAGAGGGAAGUAGGGCAAAAACUAUUGGAAAUGGCUACUGAAUCAUGUAAAAAACAUCUGACGGAAGAGGCUGAGCUGAGUAAUGGGGAAAUAUCAGCUAGCUUCGAUGGAGCAUGGCAAAAACGUGGCACUGGAAGAGCUUACAAUAGUUUAUCUGGCCAUGCUUCCUUGAUAGGAGAGAAAACAGGAAAAUGUAUUGGGUUCGGAGUAAAGUCAUCCCAUUGUAAAGUUUGCUCUACAGCCUCUAGUUCUGACCAAAUGCCAAAAGAACACACUUGUAGCAAAAAUUGGACAGGGACAUCAAAGGGAAUGGAACCUGCUUUAGCAUGUGAUAUGUUACAAGAUGUCAUCAAUCAGGGUCAUAGAGUAUCAACACUGAUAAUGGAUAAUGACUCCACCACCAUUUCUAGGGUUAAGGCUAUUGUAGACCCAUCAAUUUCAAAGAAAACAGAUAGCAACCAUAUCAGGAAAUCUUUCACUUCGGCCUUAAUCAACCUCAGCAAUGAACACAGACAACUCAAAAACCAAAAAGUCAGAACACACAUUGAGCGCUGUUUCAUGUUUAGCCUACAUCAGAAUCAGGAAAAUCCAGAACAACUUGGAAGUGCUCUAGAGGCAAUUGUACCCCAUUUGUAUGGUGAACACCAGUCCUGUGGUAAUUGGUGUAGGAGUGCAGAAAAAGGCUACAAACCCAAAAACCUACCUUUUGGCAAACCCUUAUCUGAUUUAAAUUUGAGAAUGUCUCUAGAGGAUUUAAUUUCAAAAUUUGUGUUAAAAUCUGACAUUCUAUGCAAACUAGGAUCCUCUCAAGCCAAUGAGAAUUUUAAUCAUAUGGUGUCCAGCAAAGCUCCAAAGAGAAUGUGUUACAGUGGCUCAGAAAGUCUAGUGUCUCGUGUAUCAGCAACAGUAUGUCAGAAAAAUGAAGGCCAUAAUUAUUUGUUGAAGCUGAACAAAAACUGCUGCCUCAGUCCAGGUACAUUUACAAGAAAACACACAAUUAAGCUGGCCAACAAACUCAAACGGAAAAGACUUUUGCAGAGAUCAUCAAAGUACAAAAGACGCAGGCUUGAGCUCAGAUCAAACCGCAGUUCUAGAAAUGCAGUGAAGACUGUCCUUGAAGGUGACACCUACAGCACCAAUAUUGAAUUACAGGACCACACUGAUAUUGAGGAAAUAAGUGUUUUGCCUGAAAAGCAUCUAACAGCUCAGCAGCCUUUUAUGUUCUUUGACUUGGAAACAACAGGACUAGGGCGUACUUCAGAUAUCAUUCAGAUAGCAGCUGUCUGCAGUGAUAAAACUUUUAAUACAUAUGUAUUCCCUACUAAGCCCAUAAGUCCUGGUGCAUCAUCAGCCACUGGUUUGAGUUUCAAAGAUGGAAAACUACUUCUCCAGGAAAAAAGCAUUGAAGCAGUUAAGCAAAAGGAUGGUCUGUUACAAUUUCUUGCAUUUGUGAAGAAAUUUACUUAUCCUUGCAUCGUAGGACAUAAUAUUAAAAACUUUGAUGUGCCUGUCCUCAUUAAUUCUUUGGAAAAAUAUGGUCUUUGUGAAACUUUAAACCGAAGUAUUUCAGGUUUUGUUGAUACGUUAGUUAUUGCAAGAUCAUUGUACAAAAAGGAUGAAGUAAAUGGAAGUUUUUCUCAGCAGUCCCUCAUUAAAUGUUUGUUAGGCAAAGAAUAUGCAGCACAUAAUGCAUUAGAAGAUGUUGUUGCAUUGCGGGAACUGUUUGAACAUUUCAGUCUGAAUGAAAAUCAAUUAAAUGAUUUUGUUUUCCAACUGUCUUAUUUUGCUUGUAAAUCUAGUCUCCAUGCAUUAGUUGAGAAAAAGGUAAUUUCACAAAAUGUGUGCAACAAACUUGCUGCUUGUUCCCUAGGGAUGUCUCAGCUAAGGAAAAUUCACAACCGUGAUGAUAUGAAUGGUAUUGCUAGCAUUUUAAAAGAGUGCAAGAUUGCAAAGAAAUGUUCCAUUGCCAACAAAAUAAUAAAAUUCCUUGAUGAUUUGUCAUCGGAAGCAUAGGUGGCAGGAUCUGUUCAAAGAUUGAUAGUGCUUAUAUCAUGAUGUGUA